AUGGAGCCCAACAGCCCCAAAAAGAUACAAUUUGCUGUGCCUUUAUUCCAGAGUCAGAUUGCUCCAGAGGCAGCAGAACAGCUGGGCCUUUGCUGUUCACAGAUCAGGAAAAGAAGACCUACACCAGCAUCCCUUGUGAUUCUCAAUGACCAUAAUCCCCCAGAAAUUGAGGAGAAGAGGGUGACUAACACACAAGAAUCGCAGAAUGCAUCCCCUAAGCAAAGGAAGCAGAGUGUGUACACGCCGCCAGCCAUGAAAGGUGUUAAGCAUCUGAAAGGCCAGAAUGGCUCGGCGUUCCCGGAAGAAGAAGAAAGUGCAAGUGAAAGAGAAGAGAAGUGGAAGCAUUAA